AGCUGCAUAUAUAUAUUUUUCAGUGAUCAUUUCAUAGCUGCAUUCACACAUACCCCACGGCGUUCUGCGACGAACCUUCCCUCUCCUUUUUCGGUUAUUGUCAGCGCUUUUAGCUGCAGUUGCUUUCAGUUAACGAAAGCGCAGGUGUCUGGCAUCUGAGGGAAAGCAAAAAAGGGAAAACAGCGUGGUUUUUUUUUUUAGAGCGUUCGCCACGCGCAGUGCAUAAAGUAAGAUCGCUUCACACUUUCUGUUGAGCUACUUUGCGCGUCACUCCACCGUAUUGCCGUUGAGUACUUAGAGGGAAGGAGCAAAGUCAUUCUUCCUCCUCCUCUUCCUCCGUCUUUUACACGCCUGUGCAUCGCGUCUCACGUUGUGAAGUUUACUUCGCUGUUCUCCUUUCCUGUUCGUUGACUUCGCUUUCGUAUUCUGUCCUUCUUUUAAGAAAGGAAAAUAAAAUAGUCACAUCCGAAUUCAACUCUCCUCGUUAUGUUCUUUUGGAUGGUUUUGGCGUUGUUGGUCGCCGUUGCGAUAGUCAUAACCCCCGCCGGUAGGUUUGCGGUGGCCAAGGCACAGGUCUACGCACAUGGAGCGAAGUUCAUGUUUCAGGCAAAAGACCUGCCGAAGGUGUUUCGCGGGUCCAACUACAUGCGCAUGGAGGCGGUAGGGAACUACAGCGGCGGAAAGCGCACCAUUCGGCUCGUGUUCAUCCGACAUGGGCAGUCGGUGUGGAACUCGCUCUUCAACUCGAUUAAUGUUGGGCUGCCUUUGCGCAUGGUCAAGGCGUCGAUUCGGGAGUUUACGUACUUCUUCACGGACCCCUUCGCCUCGUGCAUCAUCGACUCGCCUCUCAGCAGCAAAGGCAAGACGGAGGCGGUGGACCUGGUCAGCUUCAUGCGCACCGCGAAAACGAAGAUCUCGUUUGACCCGACGGUGUCGGUGAUCGCGUCGAGCAAUUUGCGCCGCGCGAUGGAAACGGCGAUCGUCGGCGUGGCGCCGCGUCUGACGGUGACGAAGGAGCGCGUCGUGGUGGACUCCACCCUGCAGGAAGGCUCGCAGAACAUCGACGCGCAGACCUUCUCGACCGAAAGGGGCAAAAUUGCCCCGUGCACUAUGGGCACCAUCACGGAUCCAGCGAAGCUGGGCACUGUGUUCAAUGCGUACCUGAACGCAGGCAACCGUGUCGCCGGCGUAGAUGUGUACCAGCGCAUGGACGAGUUCAUUAUGCACCUCUUUGGUGGUCGCGGGGAUGCGAGUUUGACGCCGGCGGCCGGUGGCGGUAAUGCAGCGCUGCAGGAGGUGAUCGUCGUGGGCCACAGCGGCUACUUCCGCAGCUUCUUUACGCGGUUCCUGCCUCCCUCCUCGACCCACGUCUCCAAGAAGAAAAAGAUGCAGAACUGCGCGGUGGUCUCGCUAGAUAUUACGCGAGACCAGAACAGCGGUGAGGUUGUGGUGGAUGAGUCGACGAUUCGGGUUCUCUACAAGGGAUUCAAGUAG